CUGUGUGUGUGUGUGUUUCUGUGUGUUUUUCUCUGUCUGUUUGUCCUGGUAUUGUAUCCGGGUCAGAUUGACCCGAACCUCUUAUGAAGGACAUAAAUGCGGGUGGGCAUUUGUUCAUAAGUGGAAAAAAAUAAAAACAAUUCCACAUGUCCUUCACAAUAAAUAAGCCCCGGCCAUUGAGUUUCAGGUUGAACGAAAAUAUCCUUAUAUUUUUGUUUUAUUCAUUGAAAAUGGAAAUCGGGUCAAUUUGACCCGAACACCACACAAGGUAGAAUAGGCUAUACAGAUGGAAGCGACUUUUACACCUGCCAAAAUUGUGAAUCAGAUUAAUUCCAUCUGGUGUUCUGUUUUAAGUUAUGUUCAUUGUUUGUUGGAGGGUGUGUGAAACCCCAUUCAAAUCUUGUUGCCUUAGAAUUUGACAGCUUUCCCUCUUUUUUGUCAUGUAGUGUGAAAAAAGGUAACCGUUAUUAACAUGUUACAACCGUCCCUGGUGUUACAACCGUUCCUGUACACAGGGAUGGUUGUAACAGUUGAUUUUUACAAAAAAAAAAACAUGUUCCAACCUCUACUUAUUUCAUAGAAACAUCUUAAAUACAUUGUUUCAGUAGUUGACACAUUGAACAUGUAUAAUAUAGCAAAAAUGGCUAUCCUAGUGUAAAUGUUUUUUUACUUAUUGGGGAAAAGGGGAAAAGGGAAAACCCAAAAAGUGUUACAACUGUCCCUGGUCUCCCUAUGUAUUAGCCUAGUGGUUAUGAGUAUUUAUUACGUUUCACAUUAUGCUCACUUAUAAGUCACAGUUGCAUGAUGAAUGAUACCGUGAUAACAAGUGUUGAUUAUAAUCUGAUGAGGCACAGUAGAAAAAUGAAAAAAGAAGAAUAUUGGCCUUUUUAAAGAGUUUAUUGAGUGUGUGUUGUUGUUGCGGAACAGUACAGCAAGAGGCGGUAAUGCAGCUGAGUGGCUCAGACGAAGAAGAAGGAGUACCGGAUGUGACGUAGUUAUCGCAAGUAAAAUAACAAGGCGCCAAAUUUUGGGUGAAUCCACUGUUGUCACUGCCUCAGACACAUGGAGAAGUCCGUCUAAUCUUUGCAAAUACAUUUUGGAAACGCUACAGGCUGUGCAGCAUGGCUGUGCCGUUUGUGCAAGGCUGGGACCUUGUUCGGACUCUGGGGGAAGGAGCCUAUGGAGAAGUAAGGCUGCUGGUGAACAGACAGACAGAGGAGGCAGUAGCUGUGAAGGUGAUCGACACCUCUCAGGCCAAAGAGUGUGCUGAAAAUGUCAAGAAGGAGGUCUGCAUCCAUAAGAUGCUCGACCAUGCCAACAUCGUACGUUUUUUUGGCCAUCGGAAGGAAGGCCCGACUAUGUAUCUCUUCCUGGAGUACUGCACCGGAGGAGAGCUGUUCGACCGCAUCGAGCCUGAUGUUGGGAUGGCGGAGGAAGAUGCUCAUAGGUUUUUCCAGCAGCUAGUAGGGGCCGUGCAUUACCUCCACGGUUGUGGGAUCACCCACAGAGACAUAAAGCCAGAGAACAUCUUGCUGGAUGACAAAGAUAACCUGAAGCUGACGGACUUUGGGCUGGCCACCAUGUUUCGUUUCAAAGGACGAGAGCGUCUUCUGAGUCGACUCUGUGGGACUCUUCCUUACGUGGCUCCGGAGCUUCUCGGCCAGAAAGAGUACAAAGCUCAGCCUUUAGAUGUCUGGGCUUGUGGAAUUGUCCUCACUGCUAUGCUAGCUGGAGAGCUGCCGUGGGACCAGCCCACUGAGAGCUGUCAAGAGUAUUCAGAAUGGCUUCAAAAGAAAACUUACCUACCUCCUUGGAAGAAAAUAAAACCAAUGCCUCUUAGUUUGUUGUUCAAGUUACUGCUGGCGGGUCCAGAUGCUCGCAUCACCAUCGCAGACAUAAAGAAAGACCGCUGGUUUACUCAAGGUGUGAAGCAAACAUCUCUGGGCUCAGGAGGAAACAAACACCAUCGAUCAGAUACGGGAGGCGUAUCCCGGACCAAGAGUGAUGACAGGAUGCAGUUUUCCAGCUCUCAGCCUGAUUUUGCAGCAGAAGGCUGGGAAGCCAUGUUGAUAAUCGACCAAAGCAACAACCAGGUCAGCUUCUCUCAGCCGACCAAACCCGAGCACAUGUUGCUGGGGAGCCAGCUGAUGGGCACACCGGGAGCCAGUCAGUCCUCUUGGCAGAGAUUAGUGCGGAGAAUGACACGUUUCUUCACCACUGUGAAUGCCGACGUCUCCUUAUCUGCCCUGAAAGACGCUUGUGACAGCCUGUCACUUGUCUUCAAACUCACCUGCAGCAAACAGGUGACGGUGAGCACGCUGGACAAACGUAAUAACAAACUCAUCUUCAAAGUCCACUUGUUGGAGAUGAAUCGGAAAGUGCUGCUGGACUUCAGACUGUCUAAGGGUGACGGUCUGGAGUUCAAGCGUCUCUUUGUGAAAAUAAAACAGAAGCUCGGAGACAUCAUCAGCACUCAGAAGAUCUUACCCCCCCUCACAUGAACAACCUCUACAGAUUCACACGGCUAUGGACAUAUGGAGGGACAACAUGUAUAUAUUUAGCUGUUCUAUUGAUAUUUUAUUUGUCUGUUGUUCGCUUCAAGUGUGUGUGUGUCUUUUAGCUCCUGUGUUCUUUUCUUCAAGGAGUUCGUUGUUGUUCUUAGUGUUGGAAGAUUGUCAAAGGGGGACAGUGAGAUAGAAGCAUGUUUGUUAUGUGUUCUCAUUAUGUUUGACAUGAUACAGUCAAAAGUGUUGAAUAAGUUAUUAAAAAAAACAUUGUAUGCACAUAAUAAAAACAAACAUUACUAAAAAAUAAAUCAUUUAUAAACUA